GUCAAAAUAAAUAGUUUAAAAGCAAAAAAUAAAAGAAUGCGAAGCUGUGAACUGACUGGAUCCCCCAUGUGCUUGAGAAGGAAGAAUGGUCACACGGAAAGGAUUACUGAUAUUUCUCUUCCUUGAAACCAGCUAUGUACGUUCCUGUCCUGACCUCUGCACGUGCUCUCCUUCAGAGCACCAACCACAAAAAGUAGACUGUAGCUUCAGAGAACUGGAAACUCUUCCACUUCUACCCAGUUCAACACAAGAACUGUACCUCCAGCACAACAAGUUGAAAUCGAUACCUGCAGGAGCAUUUGAUAACCUUCAGGUGUUAAAUGUUAUCAAUUUGUCUAGCAAUCCAUGGCAUUGUGACUGUGGCAUUUGGUACUUGAAAAACUGGGUGGAAGAUCAACCCGGAGACCUGCUUAGCAGUGGCGUGAAAUGCUUCACUCCUCUUUCACUUCACCAAAAACCUAUAUCUGAGCUAACAAAGGAACUUACUUCUUGUUCCAGUCCCAGAAAAUGUUGUUUUGAUUUCUUGUUCGUUGAUGCAUUCCUCCUCCUUCUUCUUGUGCUCUGGUUUAGUUUUCUGAUUGGGAGUCUCAUGAUUGCAAAAAGGAUUACAUUUAAAAUGAAAAUCUGAAGCAACAGCAUGGAGAUCCUUGGCAUGUUACCUUCAAGUUCUAAUCAGAUGAAAA